AUGUUGAAAAAGUCAGUAAUUAAAGAAAUUAAUGAUGAGAAAGAUAUGGAUAAUACCAGACUCGACAUUAGUCCUAAUACUCCUAAAGAAGAAUAUUUCUAAAAUGAAGAAGAUAUAGAAGAAAUUAGAUUAACUAGAGUUAGAAAAUAAUAGACUUUUAAUUGA